AUGAGGAUGUUGUCGUUGAUGUUUGAGCAUACCCGGUUGGAUAAGAUUAGGAAUGAAGUUAUUUGGAAAAAGGUGGGAGUGGCCCCAGUGGAAGAUAAGAUGCGGGAGGCGAGGUUUAGAUUGUUCGGGCAUGUUAAGAGGAGAAGUAUAGAAGCCCCAGUUAGAAGGUGCGAGCGGUUAGCCUCGGUGGGUAGUAGAAGAGGUAGAGGUGAAGUAUACACUGUUACCUGUAGCCCAACAGAUGCUACUUUGGUGGCAACAGGUGGUGGAGAUAACAGAGGAUUUAUGUGGAGAAUUGGUCAAGGUGAUUUUGCCUUUGAGUUAGAAGGUCACGAAAAUUCUGUAUCUAGUUUGGCAUUUAGUACUGAUAGUCGGUUGCUUGCUUCUGGGAGCUUUGAAUUGAAUAUAAGAGUGUGGGACAUAACUUCAGGUAGUUCGAAGGGCACACUUGAAGGUCCUGGAGGCGGAAUAGAGUGGGUCAGGUGGCAUCCAAGAGCACAUGUGUUGGCAGGUUCAGAGGAUUCUUCUGUUUGGAUGUGGAAUGCUGAUAACAUGGCUUUCAUGAACAUGUUUUUAGGUCAUCGUGGUAGUGUAACGUGUGGUGGUUUCACUCCUGAUGGUAAAUUAAUUUGUACGGGGUCUGAUGAUGCGACUCUGAGGAUAUGGGACCCAAGGAGUGCCCAAAGUAUCCAUGUUGUAAGUGGUCAUCCGUAUCACAUGGAAGGACUGACAUGCUUGACGAUCAAUGUGGAUUCAACUCUUGUUCUCACAGGCUCAAAGGAUGGCUCGGCUCACAUUGUGAAUAUAACUACUGGAAGGGUUGUCACUUCUCUGAGUGCUCAUACAGAUUCAAUAGAAUGUGUCGGCUUUUCAGCAAGCGCUCCUUGGGCUGCAACUGGAGGCAUGGAUAAUAAGCUCAUUAUUUGGGACUUGCAGCGCUCCUCACCUCGCUCCAUAUGUGAACAUGAGGAUGGCGUGACAUGCUUAUUGUGGCUGGGGCAAUCUAAAUAUGUGGCAACAGGUUGUGUUGAUGGGAAAGUGCGGAUAUGGGAUAGCCGUUCUGGAGAAUGUGUGAGGACCUUUAAUGGACACACUGGUGCGAUUCAGUCUAUUGCUGCAUCGUCCAAUGGGGAGUACCUUGUUUCUGCCUCUAUGGAUGGAACAGCGCGCGUUUUUGAGAUAACAGACUUUAACUAAGGAGAUCCCUAUGGCUGUGUUCUUAAAAGAGUUAAAAUAGUUACACUGAAGUUUAAGUACUACAUAGAGCUCAAAGUUGCACUUCGCAAGGCAUUUGCUUAAUUCUUGUUUUCAG